CUGUAAUAAUUACAAGCUGGUGGACUUCGUCAUCCACUUCAUGGAGGAGAUCAACAAAGAGAUCAGCGAGAUGAAACUGUCUGUCAGUUCCAGGGCCCGCAUCAUGGAGGAGGAAUUCCUUAAGAAC